UGCUUGCAUUCUCUGCCUAACACAAUGGCUGACCAGGAAGCUCUUCAACCUCUCAAAUCUCUCAAUUCAUACGAGCCUACGUAUAUCGACUUUGUCAAUAAGUCCAGCGGGAACGCAAGAGUAUGGUGGUUAAACUUUUCAGGCGCUCCAGUCUCAUAUGGCGACAUAAGGCCUGGGCAAACACUUAAAAUGAAUACAUUUCUGACACAUCCCUGGAUUUUUCGAGCAUCAGACGGAUCAAAACUGCUGGCAAACUUUGGCGAGGUUUAUUUUCCAGCAGCUGCGCUAUAUGGAGAUGACGGCAACCCGCUGUUCCGCACGGUUACGAUUACCGCCCCCGUGUACUCCUUACAAGAAUACUGCUCAAAGCUCAUCCGAAAACUGGUGAGAAAAGAAGAUAUCGACAAACUUGAAAUCCCCGAAUUUUUGAGAAAGGACAUCCGACGCACACCUAAUUUACUGCAAUAAAUCGUGGCUCCAUAGUUUAAAAACACGAGGUCUGCAAAACUGAUGUUUUUGCCUUUCAAGAAUGCAUGCAGAUUGACUAUUUACUGGAAGCGAAAGAGAAAGUAAAACUCCGACUUUUGGCCUGGUAUUUAUAUAAUAGGCUACGUCUUGUUCAUUUUUCAGUCAAAAUAUUACACCCAAAUAACAUAUAAAGAGGUAGAAAUGAGUAGAUACAUGCUUCGCGAAUGUUUAGUACAAGCGACAAAGAAGAAAGUGACGGACCAUAUUACAGGAAUGAAUACUGGAGGCUCAAACGUUUUGGUAUAUUUGUUUUUAAAUAUUUUAAUUUCCAUUCAUUACAGUUCAGUUGAUUGAAACUAUUAAACAAUUAUUUGGAUGUCCCCAGUAAAAUAAGUAUUGCACUUGUGGUAAUAAAUUAAAGUUAAAUCCAAAGCCUAGUGAAGUCCCCUUCCAGGAUAUUCACAGCAUAAUAUCCAAAGACAAUGGCAGACAUACAAAACAGCACUGCAGGUACUUUUAACAUUAUUUUCAAGAACUCUGUUGUCUCAUUUACAGGACUGCUGUCAUCAUAAACAGGUUAGUCCCAAAAGAUGAGUGGAUGACGCUGCCAUGACAAAUAUUACAACACCAAAACCGGCAGUGUCCUCAUUAUAGUUUAUGCUCCAUUUUUAAGAAUGUCACAUCGGUUUUACUAUUGCAUAAGCAAUUGGAGAUUGUAAGAAAUAUGGAUUUUAUGCUAUAUGAAAUUAUUCCAUAUGAAAUAAACAAUAGUCAAAUGUU